AAAAAAAGUGUAGCCGUAAUUUGUAAUUGAUCAUAAUGAAGCCGGAAACUAAGAGAAGCACCGCCACAACAAGACGGCGGACCAAUGACGGUGGUUCUCCGUUCAAUUUCAGCUCUCUCAAGCAAGCGAUCGAGGCCAUAGAUGCUGCAAAGGAUACUUCAAUCAAUCUAUCGUCGUUGUCUGUGGCGUUAUCCGCCGCGAGUCGUGAGAUGAAGCAAAGGAAGGAGAAAUCUCACCGUAGGCGAGAAACCAGGAAGAGGGACAAGAAGAAGAAGAAGAAGAAGGAUAGUAACAACAAUACGAAGCUAGUGAUCGGAACAAAGCCGGAAACGGAUGCAGAAUUGCGAAGAUGGUUUUCAUACUUCGACAAAUCCUUUAAACUAUCAUUGCCGAGAAAGGUGAAACUAACAUCGCCGAGAAAGCUCAACGAUCAUAAUAAAAACUUGAAGGAAGCGCCGAUUUGUGAGUUGAAUACAGAUUUCUCGAUGAAUCACUGCUCUGAAUCCUUUAGAUACUAGGAACAACGCUUAGCUUCAUUUUUUUCUUUUUCCUACUCUAUGAAAAUGUUACCAUUCUAUUUGUCCUCUUUAUUCAAUGAAAUGUUGGAGAUGAUGAGUGCAUGCGUUACGCGAUCAUAAAUAAUAAUGAGAAUC